AUGUCUAGUAGUAAAUUCGAAGAGGUUGUUAACAAGAUUGUCAGUGAUAGUCCUCCAGGGGAACUGAGGGAGAUAUAUGACGAUCUGAUCAAGAUCACAAGUGAAAACUCUAAAAAUACCAUUCUAGAUGCUAUCGAGAACUAUAACAUACAGAAUUGUAUUCCUAUAGACGUCAAUGGGAAGUCAAUAAUUGUUUCCAAAUACAAUAAAGAAGGAGCCAAGUUCUUUGACCCCAUAAAUUCCGUCAUUUUUUCAGUUAAUCACUUAGAACGCAAAGGUCUCGAUAUUGAACCGUACGAGUUCACACAUCCAAGUCUUGAGAAAGAACAGCUGCAAGAUUUACAUGAUAAAUUACAGAAAUAUCUUCUACUGAAUUUCUCAGGCGAUGUAAGUUUUGCUGUUUACCCAAUCCUCGAGGAGACAAACAAAAUCUCUAUUAUUAUUGUUAGCACCAAAUACAAUCCAAAGAAUUUCUGGAACGGCUAUUGGAGAUCGUGUUACGUUUACGAUUUGGAAACUAAAGAGUUAUCCGGUAGCAUCUCUACACAAGUCCAUUACUACGAAGAUGGUAACGUUAGUUUCCAAUCUGGGAAGGACAUUAGUCAAUUUGAUAUCGGCGAUGUUGUAAGCGCAAUAAAGGGCAUUGAAACAAGCUUUGAGGACGAACUGGAUCGUUCAUUUUUCGAAUUGAACGAAAAGCAGUUCAAAGCUUUAAGAAGAAGACUACCAGUUACAAGAUCAAAAAUUAACUGGGGCAGCGCGAUUGGUAGUUAUAGAUUAGGUAAGAACGCGGCAGAAGGAAAAUAA